UUACACCUCUCGUUUCUUCUCUCUGUCUCUCAACAUAAAAAUCGCUGGCGUAGUUUCAGUCUCUGCACCCAUCACCACCUAGCUCUCAUGUCUUCUUCUUAGCUAUAAUAAUAAUAAUCUCUGAUGAUCAUCACCAUUUCUGAUACAGUCAUAUGCAAGUCAACACCACUACAAAUCCAUCAUCAUCAUCAAAUGUUUUCUCAUCCAAUCUCCAUCGUUUAAUGUUUUCCCCUAUUGACAUGGCUUUUCCGUCCUCCCAUGGUUUCAUGUUCCAACCUCUUGAUGACUCUCCUUCCCCCACCUCUCUCCCCUCUUGCCCCCCUCACCUCUUCCAUGGAGGAGGAGGAGGAUUCAUGAUGAAGAGAUCGAUGUCGUUUUCGGGUGUGGAGAAGCGUGAGGAGAUUCACGGGGGAGAUGAUGAGUUGUCUGAUGAUGGAUUGCAGGGUGGGGAGAAGAAGAAAAGGCUUAACCUGGAGCAAGUGAAAGCACUUGAGAAGAGUUUUGAGUUGGGUAACAAGCUUGAGCCUGAGAGAAAAAUGCAGCUUGCUAAGGCUUUAGGUUUGCAGCCAAGGCAAAUUGCUAUAUGGUUUCAGAACAGGAGAGCUAGGUGGAAGACAAAGCAGCUUGAGAAAGAUUAUGAAAUUUUGAAGAAACAGUUUGAAGCACUCAAGGCUGAUAACGAUGCUCUUCAGGCCCAGAACAACAAACUUAAUGCAGAGUUAUUGGCAUUGAAAAACAAAGAUUGUAAUGAGAUGAAUGUCAAGAAAGAAGCUGAUCAGGGUUCUUGGAGCAAUGUGAGUGACAGCAGUUGUGAUAUAAACUUAGAUAUUUCAAGAACAGCAGCAGUGGUGAGUAGCAGUCCUGUUUCAUCCUCUCAAUUAAGUGGUAGAAACUUUUUAUCUUCUUCUUCAUCAAUAAGGCCUCCGACAAGCAUGACUCAACUACUUCAAGCUUCUUCAAGAUCAGAUCUCCAUUGUCAAAUGAUUCAACAAGAAGAAACCUUCUGUAACAUGUUCAAUCCCAUGGAGGAUCAGCAACAAGGGUUUUGGCCAUGGUCUGAUCAGCAACAAAAUUUCCAUUGAGACCACUUCUCUAUAAACCCAAA